UUGCUUUUCCCAAAGAUCCCGCUUUUUCUCUUUCUUCUAAAACCCUAUCGUUCUCUCCCCAGCUAAACAAACAAUCAAACUAAGAAUCUGCAAUCGGCUCUCUCUCACUAUACUCAGAUUCGUAUGCUCUCAUCUCACCUCCCUACGUCUGUUGCAUUGGACGGGUUGUAAUCUAUUGUUAAUGGCUGUCUCUACUUUGUUUUCCACCGGCUUAUUGAAUGAGCAUUCAAUCUCUUUCAUGCCCAUGAAGUUCUGUACUGGGUUAAUGUGCAAUUAUUCAAAUCUAUUUAGUAAACAAGCCUUUUGUCCAAAGCCAGUCUCUGUUUUUGCUGGAUUAAGGCUUUCAAUGAGGAAUGGAAUUCGGUGUAGUACAUUGGAAAUUGAAAGUAGCCCUUCAUUUUCAAUUGGAAAGAAAUUUCAACUUGAUGAUGUGAUUGAGGCACAGCAGUUCGACAGAGAAAUUCUAAGUACUAUAUUUGAAGUUGCGAGAGAGAUGGAGAAGAUUGACAAGAAUUCUCCUGGUUGUCAAAUUCUUAAGGGUUAUCUCAUGGCUACCCUUUUUUAUGAGCCGUCUACUCGUACUAGGCUUUCUUUUGAGUCUGCCAUGAAACGUUUAGGAGGUGAGGUUUUGACUACUGAAAAUGCAAGGGAAUUUUCAUCAGCUGCCAAGGGAGAGACACUUGAAGAUACCGUUAGAACUGUUGAAGGGUAUUCAGACAUCAUUGUUAUGCGUCAUUUUGAAAGUGGUGCUGCAAGAAGAGCUGCAGCAACUGCUAACAUUCCUAUUAUUAAUGCAGGGGAUGGUCCUGGACAGCAUCCAACUCAGGCUCUUUUAGAUAUAUACACUAUAGAUCGAGAGAUAGGUAAAUUGGAUAGCAUUAAAGUUGCAUUUGUGGGAGAUCUUGCAAAUGGGAGGACAGUCCGUUCACUUGCAUACUUGCUUGCCAAAUACAAAGACGUGAAGAUCUAUUUUGUCUCUCCUGAUGUAGUGAAAAUUAAGGAUGAUAUAAAAGACUAUUUGACGGCAAGGGGUGUAAAAUGGGAAGAAUGUGCUGAUUUAAUAGAAGUGGCUUCAAAGUGUGAUGUUGUUUAUCAAACUCGUAUUCAACGAGAAAGGUUUGGAGAGAGAAUUGACCUUUAUGAAGAAGCUCGAGGCAAAUACAUUGUCGACAGUUAUGUGUUAAAUGUGAUGCAGAAGCAUGCUGUGGUCAUGCAUCCUCUCCCGAGGCUUGAUGAGAUAACUGUGGAUGUGGAUACGGAUCCAAGGGCUGCAUAUUUUAGACAAGCAAAGAAUGGUCUCCAUAUCCGAAUGGCGCUUUUGAAACUUCUACUAGUUGGAUGGUGAGGGAUGUGGUUCUGGAAGUAUUGAAUUUUUACAUUUAAUCUUUCUUUAUAGUUUUCUGGCUUUUGAGUGAAAAGAUUUUAUAGCAAACCAAAACUUCGAGAAUGGCCUAACUUCAAGAAA